UGCUGCUCUCUACGAUUUAGGCAAAAUAUGAGGGGAACUGGAAUCCAUUGCGGGGUUGGUUUACCCCGAGGGAUCACUAUGUAUUGCGGAAUUCAACCGAGCAUCCGCAUGUCUACGUAGGUGGUACAAUGGUGUCUGCGAUGGUGUAUUACUGUAUCUGUGGUGGAGGUUCUGAUCCUGCUAGGAUUGAACAAGCCCACGUUGGUCAAUGUCACUGUCGACUCUCAUGGCGAACACCACAAUAGAGUCACUCGCGUCUUGGCCCAAGCAAUAUCCAUUGAACUUAGAACCAAAAACCGAAGAAGGCCGCAAUCCAAUCUCACUGAAUUACCCGAGCAGCCAUGCCGUGUUCCUUUCUCGGUAGAUUCGCUGUGGACCAUCGGCGCUUAAUAUCGACCCAUGACUCUCUCAAGUUUCUUCCACAUCAGUCGUGAGCGCUGUUACUUCAUCAAAGCCACCUCCACAGAUAUCUCGGUGUCUCCCAGUCUGAGAGUUCCCAGCUGGCUGUAACUUGAGAUCUGAGCGCGUAUCGCGUAUUGCCGACGGGGUUGGUUGUGGAAACUCCACGAAUGUAUUUGAACCGAACAGAUCCUGACAGGAAAUUGCUUUGUCAUAUUUCAGGCUGAUCGCCGUGUAAAAUCUGCUUGGGUGUAGAGUUCUGGUAGCUAAUCGCUUUGUAGAGCGUAGCUGAAAGUGGGAAGAUGUCGUAAGAAGCUAAAAAAGCUAGACCACCGCCUACGCAUCAACGCCAUGAUACUUUAAUAACAUCCCAAGAACAGCUAUCGCCUCCCCGUUUCCCCCUCAAAUGCCCGUGCUAGAGCCAAGGUAAUAAUGCGGCUACAGGCGGCGCUCCUUCUGCUCGCCGCGUGUGUUUCUUCUACGUGGGCUAUCUACCCCGAUGAAGUCGACCAGAUCGACUUCCACCAUGCACUGCUAGGUGUCCCUUCAACCCAUUCAACCUUCUUCCACCGGCCUUCUGCAUCCAGUGCCUCCCUUCUCUACACUCUAUCCGAGAAACUUAUUUUAGGUGCUGUCAAUCCGAAAGAUGGGUCGAUUGUCUGGAGACAAAAUCUCACAAAGCUAUCGCUCCCUGGACAGGGUGCGGAGGGUUUCCUGCGUGCGAGCGAUGGGUCUGAUGCCGUCGUGAGUGCGGCGGGUGGAUACGUAUCUUCUUGGAGUGGAUUGGAUGGUAAAUUGGUUUGGGAGAACCGGUUUACGGAUGGUCCUGUCGCGGAUCUUGAAUUGUUGGAGCUGGAUGACCCCAGCGCGGCACCGACGACCAGAGAUGCCAUUGUGCUUUUCGGUGAUAAUGCCGGUUCUGGUAGUGUCAGGAGGCUCGACGGCAGCUCUGGAGGUGUAAAAUGGGAGUUUAAGGAUGACAGUGACGAUAUCCCCUUCCAGGUGUCAUCUUCCCCCACGGAAAUAUUCUACAUCUCGCUACAAUCGUCUUUAUUGAAAGGAUACAAGAUCAAGGUGACAUCCUUGGAUGUACUGACGGGUCGACAGACCCAACAGCAUAUCCUGAGCUCUGAUAGCGAUGUCGCUGGUCCCGAGUCUAUCCUCUUCACUGGCGCUAAUACUGCCUCCCCUCUGAUAGUCUGGUCGGACAAAUCUCGCAAAACGCUGAAGAUAAAUGUGCUUGGCUCCAAACGGGUGAACUCGGUCACCAUUGGCAACGACAGUGGAGAGGAGAUUCGGUCCAUUAUGGUCCAUGCUCCCCGUCAGCUUAACUCACUGCCUCAUUUCCUUGUUCAUUACGAAACGGAUUCGAGCUCCUGGGCGGAGGUUUUCCAUGUCGAUCUGAAGGCGGCUACAGUGUCGAUGGCUUAUCAGCUGCCCCGGGUGCAGGAGAAGUCUGCUUUCGCUACGAGCAACAAAGAUGCGAAUGUGUAUUUCACUCGUAUCACGGAAUCUGAGACUGUGGUCGUGUCUUCUGCUUCCCACGGUAUACUCGGACGCUGGAACCACCAAUCGCCCCUGUCUGGUCGUGCGUUGCACACCGUGUCAGAAGUAGUAACUAAAGGAGAUGCUGUGGCUGUACGGUCGGCUUCUGUUUUGGCUUCUGGCGAUUGGCAACUGAUCCGAAACGGCCAGACAGGGUGGAUCAGACACGAAGCCUUGGCUGGAGCGUUGGCUGCGACCUGGGCAGAGUCCGCUGAUCGAGAAGAGCUUGUUCAUGAACUCGAGGUGGAAGGCCAUGGAAGUCUAUAUGGUGCCUACAUUCAUCGCGUCAAGCGCCAUAUCAAGGAUCUUCAAUAUCUCCCAGAUUGGCUACGUGAAUUACCGAAACGUAUCAUCACGAGUUUCAUUACUGAUGAAGUAUCUAACCUCAACAACUUUGGGGUUUUCAAGUCCAUCAUUGUCGCCACGGAGAAUGGACGGGUAUUUUCCAUUGACAGUGGAAAGCAUGGCGCAGUUUCCUGGAGUGUGAAGGCCGUGGAGACGGACAAGUGGAAUGUGAAGUCCAUUGUUGCUCAGCCAGGCACAGCAACCGUCUACGCGGAUGAUGGAAGCUCGGUAACUCUGAACGUUACUUCUGGGGAUAUUGUUGCACGUGAUGCACCAUCUAUGAAGCUCAAUUCUAUCGCCGUCAUCGACCAAGAAUCUACGCCAGUUGUCAUUGGUGUCAAGGAAGAUGGCACUCCCAUGAAGCCGUUGGAUGGACCUGGGUUUCUUAUCACACUGAGUACGGACGGCCGCGUUGUUGGUUGGAGAGCAGAUAACAACCAGUCUCCUGUUUGGGAGUUUGUACCAUCCCAGGGUCAAAAGGUUAUCCGUGCCACUGCCCGGCCCUCGCAUGAUCCUGUCGCCUCAAUCGGAAAGGUACUAGGUGACCGGUCGGUCCUGUACAAAUAUUUGAACCCCAAUCUUGCUCUUAUCACAGCAGUAGGCGAUAGCUCUGCUACUUUUUACCUUCUGGAUGCCAUCUCUGGGAAGAUUCUCUAUGCCAGCACCCAAACCGGUGUCGACACUAGCCAGCCGAUCGCCUCCGUAAUAUCGGAGAACUGGUUCGCUUAUUCAUUCUGGAGCGAUGUGUCUGAUACAUCAGAUGCGAAAGGCUACCAACUUGUCAUUUCCGAGCUCUACGAAUCCCCGGUUCCUAAUGACCGCGGGCCCUUGGGAUCCUCCUUGAAUUAUUCCAGCAUCUAUGGCGUCGAUAUGCUACCGGAGCCACACGUAAUUUCCCAAGCGUACAUCAUCCCCGAACCCAUCUCCCACAUGGCCGUCAGCCAAACUCGGCAGGGAAUCGCCACUCGUCUGCUCCUCUGCACACUUCCAGAGUCGAAUGCUAUUAUCGGCAUUCCUCGACCCGUCCUAGACCCCCGAAGACCAGUCGGACGAGACCCCAUCCCUGCAGAGGCAGAAGAGGGCCUCUUCAAGUAUAGUCCUUUCCUCGAAUUUGACGGAAGGUGGUUCAUCACACAUGCCCGAGACGUGACUGGUAUCAAGACCGUCCUGUCUAGCCCGACACUUCUGGAAAGUACGAGCCUGAUCUUUGCAUUUGGCGGAGAUAUCUUUGCCACAAGAGUGACUCCUAGUCAGGCAUUCGAUGUCCUGGGUAAGGGGUUCUCGAAACUCCAACUACUAGUUACGGUGGUGGCAUCGGGCGUUUGUGUGGUGAUUUUGGCGCCGAUGGUCCGGAGGAAGCAAGUCAAUGCACUGUGGAAGGCGUAAAUGGCCGCGUUAGUUGUUUAGUUGUAUUAUCAUUGAAAUACGGAAGAAUUGUUAUAUCUUGCCAAAGACAUGUUUCGAUAAUCGACACCGAAAUCAUAGACAAUGUGUCUAUUCCCUGUUGCACUAUAUUUAGCCGAUAUGCUGAUUCUCAAGACGAGCGAGAUCAUGUAAUCUAAUCCACAUUCUCCAGCCACGCUUGAUCCUCCAUCCCGAACAACGGAGUCUGGGAGUCGAAUCCAAGAUGUUGAACGACAUCCUGCAGCUCAAGUCCCAUACUGGAAUCCGCGCUGAAUGAAAACCCCUCCUGGGUAGACGGAUAGUGAAUAUCAACGACCCUCUGCCACAUCAUCUAAAAACUAUUCAGACAUCGCCCGACAGACGGACUGAGAUGCCCGUGUGCGCUGAGUACGGAUACGGCCAUGUUCCAUGACUCCAGAACCACAGUCGCGAAGACGUCAGGUCUCAGCAUGGCCGUUAUUAAAUGCUGCAUGGCCACGUAGAGGUAGAAAAAUACGAUACCACCACGGUCCUAGUAUGAGUCCGACUCCCAUCCUACUGUCUGAUCGCGAGCACUCCUAGAUCAGGGCGAUGAGCUUCUGUGCGUUUUCGACGCAGAGUGUGGCGCAUGUUUGUAUGAUACGGUCGCUUAGGCCCUUUUCGGUUGACGGGAAAGCUUCUUUCUGCGUUUGUAGAUGCGAUAGGCGAAGCAAGC